UUCAAAUAUUAACGAUAUAAUAAAAAUAUAAUUUCUGAGUGAAACUCACUUGUGAAAUUAGCCAUCCCAUUACUAAUUCUUGACCCUCUUGCAAGCAUACUUAACUCACAACAAACCAAGAUCUUGAAAAAUUACCAAAAAGCAAAAAUGAAACAAUAUUUGAUAAAUGGGUCAAUACAACUUCUCAAGAUUGCUUUGUCCAAAGAUCCAUUACUAAUAAUGAUAAAGUGGAAAAAGACAAUGUUUGUAUCGUAUGCUUUGAAGUAUACUAAACCAAAGAUAAAACUUUGACUCUUCCUUGCAAUCAUUAUUUCCAUUAUUCUUGCUUGAAAGAGUGGUUUACAAAGAAGCCUGAGUGUCCGAAAUGUAGGAAAGAGUUUGAAUAAAAGAGUUUCAAUACCUUAUAAUUAA